AUAGCGUGGUAUCUAAAUUUCUGAAAUUUCAAAUGACUCCUCAAGUAUCUUCAGAUUGCAAUUCGCACCUAAGAUUUGGGCUUGUAAAUUCAGACAACCUCGAACAGAUUGUCUUCCUUGACAAAGCUUUGAAAUUUGCAUUUCUAUUGACCGUCUGUUUGGUUAACGAUGGUGCGUCUUCUCCCAGCUCUGAUUCUCGCCGCUCUUGCAAGUAGCUUGGAUGUUAUUUUUCUCGAAAGCCGAAAGGAGUUAAGAAUAAAGCAGGUGAUCCAAGACAAAGAUGUGAAGCUUGGUCAGCGAAUGAAGUCAACUUUGCCUGAUCCGACUCAAGUCGUUCAACUAUCAUGGCAGCCAAGGUCAGGGUCUUUUUAUACAGAGGUUUCCUAUCAGAGGAAGAGUGUGAUCACUUAAUGGAUUUGGUUCAUGCCAAGCAUAACAGUUCUGCUGAAAACGGUGCUUCAGAUUAUAGUAAUAUGGAGAAGGUGACAACUGGUGUGGUUUUUUUUGACUUGGAACAUAUAUAAGCUCCUUAUUUCCAUCAUUUUAAUAUCAUGGAAUGACCGAACAUGCAGUUGUAAGUAGUUUAAAUAAGGAAUGUAGUUUGUUUGUUUGUUUGUUUGUUUGUUUGUUUGUUUGUUUGGAUCUAGGAUGAAAUUGUUGCUGGGAUUGAAGAAAAAAUUUCAGCUUGGACCUUUCUGCCCAAAGAGAAUGGCAAGCCCUUCAAGGUUUUUCAUAAUGAGUUCGAUGAUCCUGAGAAAAAGUACAGCUAUUUCGAUAAUAAUUCCACUGAAGUGAAAGAUGCACCCCUAAUGGCCACCGUAAUUUUAUACAUCUCCAACAUCACUGCUGGCGGGCACAUCCUUUUCCCUGAAUCAAGGAGCAAGGUAUGGUCCAAAUCCAAUUGCGGGGAGAGUAGUAAUUCCGUCAGACCUACUAAAGGAAAUGCACUACUGUUUUUUAAUGUCAAUCUUAACGCGACUCCCGACAACACUAGUACUCAUGUCAGAUGUGCUGUCAUUGAGGGCGAAAUGGCGUACGCUAUAAAGUUGUUCUAUCCGACAGCUGUUACUAGAGAAAAAGAGGAUCCAAUUGGGAUCACCUCUACCGAUUGCAUGGAUGAAGAUGAUAGUUGUCCUCGCUGGGCUGACAUUGGGGAGUGUGAUAGAAAUCCUGUUUUCAUGGUUGGUUCUCCUGAUUACUAUGGUACGUGCCGAAAAAGUUGCAAUGCAUGCUAAUAGGUUGGUCUCUUAUAGUAAUGUGUUCUGUGUUGCUACUAAUACUCAUUUGUUUAUGCUUUCAUGAUGCCACUUCUUACAUAGGAAAGAAUCAUAUCCAUUUUGUACAUACAGAUAGCUGUUAUUCAUGUAUGUAUUUCAAUUGUACUUCAUAUUAUUGCAUUGAAGUAUGUGA